UCGAGCCCGGGCGGCGGCGGCGGCGGCCGGAGGCGGCGGCGCCUCCUGCUCUUCGCCGCGGCGCCGGCGGUGAUCGGCGCGAGCGGCCGGGGCGCCCGAUGAGACUGUUGGCGGGCUGGCUGUGCCUGAGCCUGGCGUCCGUGUGGCUGGCGCGGAGGAUGUGGACGCUGCGCAGCCCGCUCCCCCGCUCCCUGCACGGGAACAUGACGAGCGGCCCGGGCGGGCCGGCGGCGGCCGCGGGCGGCAGGAAGGAGAACCACCAGUGGUAUGUGUGCAACAGAGAGAAAUUAUGCGAAUCACUCCAGGCUGUCUUUGUUCAGAGUUAUCUUGAUCAAGGAACACAGGUCUUCUUAAACAACAGCAUUGAGAAAUCGGGCUGGCUAUUUAUCCAGUUAUAUCACUCUUUUGUGUCAUCUGUUUUUAGCCUGUUUAUGUCUAGAACAUCUAUUAAUGGGUUGCUAGGAAGAGGCUCAAUGUUUGUGUUUUCACCAGAUCAGUUUCAGAGACUGCUUAAAAUUAAUCCAGACUGGAAAACCCAUCGACUUCUUGAUUUAGGUGCUGGAGAUGGAGAAGUCACAAAAAUCAUGAGUCCUCAUUUUGAAGAAAUUUAUGCCACCGAGCUGUCUGAAACUAUGAUAUGGCAGCUUCAGAAGAAGAAAUACAGAGUGCUUGGUAUAAAUGAGUGGCAGAAUACAGGGUUCCAGUAUGAUGUCAUCAGCUGCCUGAAUUUGCUGGACCGCUGUGAUCAGCCCUUAACUUUGUUAAAAGAUAUCAGAAGUGUCUUGGAGCCAACUAGAGGCAGGGUCAUCCUUGCCCUGGUCUUACCCUUUCAUCCCUAUGUGGAAAACGUAGGUGGCAAGUGGGAGAAGCCAUCAGAAAUUUUGGAAAUCAAGGGACAGAAUUGGGAAGAACAAGUGAAUAGUCUGCCUGAAGUUUUCAGAAAAGCUGGGUUUGUUAUCGAAGCUUUCACCAGACUGCCAUACCUGUGCGAAGGUGACAUGUACAAUGACUACUACGUUCUGGAUGAUGCUGUCUUUGUUCUCAAACCAGUAUAAACACAGAGGCUGAGGUCUUCAGAGUCCACCCCAAGAAUGUGCACUCCAGACGAGGGUCUGCAUUUGUGAUUAUGUGAAGGGAGGACCUUUGGGGACUGCCAUUCUAAAUAUCAUGUAGGAAUUUAAAAAGCCAAAAUACUAAUUAUUUCUUUGUAGUGUGUAAAAGGAAUGUUUUUAAAAAACAAAAACCCAACUCUUUGAGGAUUUUUAUCAACUCUUUACUCAGUAAUGCAAGUCACGCUCCAAUUAUGGAAGAUAUUUUUUAUACUUAAUUGCAGUAGGGACUCAUUUCCAGUCAAAGCAAUAGUCGUGACUUCACAUGGAACCAAUAAAUAUGGAUUGUUUUUAAUAAAAUGAAGACUGGCAAUAAAGUUGUCCAUUGAAUUGCCAAUAUUGGUUAUAAAGUAUAGCCACUGAUAAUCUUUCAUGUUUAGAAAUUCUUUCUGUCAUUAUUCAUGUUUUUAAUCAUGCUAAUAAACUUUUUUGGAGAUGA